AUCCUUGGCUUUUGUCCUCCCUUUGCAGAUAGAGGGGCACCACUAUUUGCGUCAGUACCUGAGGACACUGCUGUUUUAAUUAUUGAGAUGAAAAUCCAUUUUUAAGAUCGUAAAGAUAAUGUAUUACAUUGGUGUUUAUCUUUAGAAGAACAUGAGUUGGACUUAGUCUAUUAUGGGUGCGAAGAUCAUCAUGAAAGUAGCUAACAAGUUCUCGCUUUACUGGAAUGGAUUACACAUUGCGCCUUGAACGUACUUUCAACGUUCAACUUCUCUAAGCUACAUUGCACAGCUGUCUUUGGAGAUCACCAAACUCUGAAAGGACUUUUUUUUUUUACUUUAACUAGUUGAUAAUCAUGGCUCUAAUGAAGGUAAAGUUUGACCUGAAGAAACGGGUGAAGCUGGCCCAGAUGCUAUGGCUCAUGUACUGGUUUUCCAUUAUGGCCGGAGUGCUGGUCUUCAGCAUGGGCCUUUUCUUUAAAAUUGAACUGCGCAAGAGAAGCGAACUUAUGGACAACAAUGAGAGUCAUUUUGUACCCAACAUUCUAAUUGGUGUGGGUCUUUUGGCAUGUUUUCUCAAUGCCUGUGGAGGCAAAAUCUGCUACGACUCGCUCGACUCCACCAAGUUUGUGAAAUGGAAGUCCAUUUUGAAGCCCUUUCUCAUUUGUUGUUUGUUCUUCAACUUCCUCCUCAUUGUCACAGCGGCUAUGUGUUUUGCCAUGCGCAUUCCUCUAGAGUUUACACUUGCUGAGGGCCUGAAAAAUGGAAUGAAGUACUACAAGGACACCGAUACACCUGGACGCUGCUACAUGAAGAGAACUCUGGAUCUCAUGCAGAUAGAGUUUCGCUGCUGUGGCAACAACAACUACAAAGAUUGGUUCGAGAUCCAGUGGGUGAGCAACCGGUACCUGGACUUCAGCUCCAAGGAAGUCAAAGACCGGAUCAGCAGCAAUGUGGAUGGAAAAUACCUAAUGGAUGGAGUUCCCUUCAGCUGCUGCAACCCUAGCUCUCCACGGCCCUGCAUCCAACAGCAAAUAACCAACAACUCGGCUCACUACAGCUAUGACCACUACACCGAAGAGCUAAACAUCUGGAAACGUGGCUGCCGAGACGCUCUGGUGUCCUACUAUGGCGGAAUGAUGAACACUAUUGGGAUACUUGUGCUGAUGGUCACCCUCUUGCAAAUUGCUGUAAUGAUUGGACUUCAGUACGUAAACACCUCUCUGUCCACACUGGUCAACCCAGAAGACCCUGAGAGUGAGAGCGAGGGCUGGAUCCUGGAGAAAACUGUCAAAGAGACCUUCACUGACAUCAUGGCUAACAUGAAGGCCAUGGGCAAAGGCAAUCAAGUGGACGAGGAGGCAAAUGAAGAGGCUGUUGCCACUGUGAGCUGAGCGAGCCCCGCCCACCAGACUUUGGCCACACCUACCUGAGGUAGAGAGCUGUGGGACACAGCCUAAAACUGUAACUAUAUCACUCACACUACGUAAAGUGUAGACAAAGCCAAUUAAUGAGGAACUGGUGAAGAAAAAAAAUCUAAAUACAAACUUUUGUAUGUUUGUAUGUUAUGAUAGUAUGUAAGUAUGUUAGAAUUCCAUAUUAUGGUGAAAUUACCCAAAAAAAAACACAUUAAUAUCCAAAUGAUUGACUUGUAAAGAAUGGCUUUAAAUAUAAUCAAUCAAAAUGUCAUUUUUGCCAGCUUUGCUUCUUCCUUUGACUUUGUACUUUGCUACAUAAACUCUAAACAAUUUUAUAGUCAUAUUUUAUUUAAUAUUUGAGUUGAUAUUCAACCUAAGAAUGGCUUGUCAGGGAUUUGGAAUAGUGUGAAAGAUAUAAAUAUGGAAACUAGCCUCAGUACACCGAGUCCUUCUAUUUAUUAGGAGUAAACAACACCAUGUGUCAUAUGACAGGUAUGACAAAUGAAAAGAAAACACUUUUUAAAUCACCUUUUAAAGAAGCUAGACAGGUGUUUUUCACCCUUGUGGAUUUAGGUAUGAAAUGUGUGCAAGUGAGAGUGCACAUACUUUUGACAGAUGGAUAAAGAGACAAGAAGUUAGAUGUUUUGUUUUAUUUUAAAGUAAUGCUUUAUAAAAAAAAAAAUAAAAGUUAUUUUUUGAAGUACCGGGAUUGUGAAUUGGGAAAGGGUAUUAAAAAAUGUAAAUAUAUUUUUGUGACCUGUCUGAUGAUGAGUACACUGCUAUGUUCAGCGUCAGAUAACACAUGAUUUCAUGAGCACUAAAAGCUGAUUUUGCAGGUUUAGGAGAAUAGCAACAUUUGAGGCCCCAAUAUGCGCUAUGGUACAGAGGGAGAACCAGGUACAGGGUGCGGGGAUGCUUGAGAAGGCCCCUGGAGUUGAGGAGACAGCUUAAGACUGGCAGCUAAACCCUGACCUGUGACUUCUGCAUUCCCACUGCUCGGAGCUCCUGUGCUUUUACAUCCGCACAAUUACUCCAAGAAACGUCCCACGCCAGAGACUGAAACUCUAUGCUCAAACCUGUAAUUUUUUGUAAUUAUUUUAUUUCAAUUCUAAUUGUGUCUAUGUAAACAGUGUAGAAUUUGUGUAGAACUUUUUUGUAAAAUUACUUGUAAGAAAAGUUGACAUUAUUAGAAUGGUGUUUGGUGCGUAGUGUUU